UGCCUGGCUGCCCUGACGCGCUGCUGGUAAGCAGUACACCGUGAAGAUGGCGUCGCUCUCAUCUCCUUUAAGAGUCUGUAGAGGAAUAUUAAAAGAGUUACGUGCGAUUCAGGGACAGAGUUACAAACAGUCGCUGGCUUACAACUAUGUCAUAGAUCAAUUUCGCAAGAAUAAGGUUACAGGAGAAAGGUACUGCAGAGCCCAACAGGAGGCGCACCAUGCCUCGCUCACAUACCUGUGUCUGCUGGCGUCCACCAGGAACCAUCUGGCCCUGCAUAACCUCUACCACGGCAAGGGGGAACGCAGCCCUGAGGAAGUAGCAGGCUUAGUAGGGCUCAGGGUGCCCACACAACCUGGAGGGAAAGGCUGGGAGAAAUAAGGACAUGAAGUUAAUCGGUGGGAGAAAAUCCUGGAACUCUGCUGAAAUCACCUGCAUAGAGAGCUGAUGAAUCGAUCAGGCCUCAUCCAGCUGCCCUCAUCCUAUCUAAACUAUGUUGAUCAGAUGCUGCUGGUUCUGGAAUUGUUGACUGAGGGAACUUGUUUAUUCUGUUGAGCAAGUUUUGCUCAACGUGAUCUGAAAAGGGAUCAAAUGUAUGAAUUUAAAUAUCUGUAUGAUAUAAAAAGGCUGUAAUAAACCUCCAUCCCUACUGAA